AUGAACGCUAAUAGUCGCUCCCCAAAUAAACUAGCGAUUCAAAACUUACUCAAUUCAAAUAACGACAACGAGUUUUCUGCCUUGGAUUAUAACCAGGAAUGCGAAAAGAACGACAUUGAAAUAAAAAGUGAAUGGGCUUAUGAAACAGAUAAUGAAGGCAGUUCAAGUGUUGAUGAAGAAACUCUGAUAUCAAGCAGUGAACCGGUGUUUCAAAGAUCAUCAAAUGGUUUAUCUAAAAUACUAUCUAUUCAAUCAAUUUCACCAUUAAUAUCUUAUUUAAGUAAACUAAAUUUUCAAGAUAAUUGUCAAAAUUAUCAAAAUUAUCAAGCUUUUCAAAAUAGCCAAAAUAGUCAAAGUUUAAAAAACAUUAAAAACCUAAUUAGAGUUUUAAAAAUCUCAAUCAUAAUACUAAGUAAAGCAAUUGAUAAUCUACAAAGGCCACCAACUAACAGUGCCAAUAAAGUGAAGACUGAAAAAAUACACUAUCAUAACGUAUCGAAUAUUGUUAAAACUGUUAUAUCAUUAUUAUCCAACUUUUCUUCAAGAUGUCUACCAUCAUCAAUAAAAUCUGAAAUUCGAAUGAUUUUGCUCAAUUUGCCUGAAAACCUAACUAUUUCUCUCAAGAAUAAAUAUUUUAUAUCUAAAUUGAGCCAUAAAAACUCGUGCUGUUCCAAUUAUAGUUACACUUUCGGCUCAAAUCUCACAGCCAGUCCCAAAGUCAGUUUAAGAAACCUAAAACUAUUGUCUGUGGCAAAAAUAUCAUUGCUAUCGUUCCAUAGAAUACUAAACCACCUUGAGUCCAUUUUAAAAAAAGCUUAA